ACAUCGGCAGGUGGAUUCUUGACCACUGAGCCACCUGGGAAGCCCUGCAUAUACGUAUAUGUGUAUAUAUAUAAAAGGUUUGAGUGUAUUAACUAGUCCAUGGAAAAUAAGUCUUCAAUAAGCUGAGAUGCAUGCAUAGUGAGUAUUUAGUAGAUGCAGACUUUUUGUUGUUGUUUUGUUUUGCUGUUUUAAGCUGACUAUUCCUAAAUCAGUUUUACUGGGCAUGCAUUUUAUCUUUUUUUUCUUCUUUUUUUUAAUGUUCCACUGGCUAAGAUUAGAGUCCCAAAAGUAAAAAAUGUAAGUACUGUGUUUGCUUUCCCAUUUGCUCAUUUUUUCCCCAGUCUGCGUAGGGGUGAUGUAAAGAUGUAAAGUGAUGUAGAAUGUGGGCAAAGAUGAUAUUCCCAGAGCCUGUUUGCCAGUCAACCCUAGGGGAUCUCCUGCCUUAUUAGCUGUACAUUCUGCCUCUGCCCACAGUUCUUGAGUCCUUGCCUGUUUCAGACCCCUUCCUGUUAGAGUCACUGGUUGGGCAGGGCCGUGCCAGGAGGCUUAGGCAGCAGGCCCAUUCAACAAAGACAGGACCAGAGAAGGCACGCAAAUCAAAGCAUUCUCAGGGCUUCCUACUUCAAUCUGUUAAAAAAAAAAAUGUGUGUGGUUGCGUGUGUUUUCGAUGGAGUCACCAAAUAAAUUUCAAAGGCAAAACAGAAAUUAGUACCGCAUGAGCUCUGUGACAUUUGUUAAAGGUCUUUGGAGAAGAUGACAAAACAGGGAACUUCCCACAUCCAUGGGCCCUGAGGUUUGGUGCAAACAUUGUGUGUGAAAAAUCAAUAAACAUGUACCUCGCCACUGAAUUUUCUGAGGGUGGACUUAUUACCCUUGUUCCCAGAGAGUCACCAGGCUUCGGAAGAGGUCUUGUCAUUUUGAUUUUCAUAUGAGUCACUGGGUCUCUUGCCCCCAGAGGCACUUGGUUGUGAUUCAGUGUGGAACAUGCUGAAAGGACUCGGCUUCCGGGAGUCCGUGGUGCGGUGGGGGUUGUGGUGGUUCCGCGUUGGCAUGAGGCUUAAUCGACACCUUUGAUGUAGCCUAAGACAGAACCCGCACCUCCCACUGCUGCCUGGAAGACGUCAGCCUUACGCAGGAAAGGCAUCUGCUGAUGAAUCCUGCAUCUCAUUCAGCCUGCUCUGGGAGCAGCCUUAACCAUCCUUAACUAAUCCAGCCGCUUCCCUCCUCCUCCCUCCGCGGUGCUGGGUUUAGUGCUGAGAAGGGAUUUCGCUUCUUGCUCUUGUCAGGUUAGGCACUGAGACUGUGUCCAUGUUAGAACUCAUAGAAGUUAAUGGAACCCCGGGUAGUCAGCUCUCUACUCCGCGCUCGGGCAAGUCUCCUAGCCCAUCACCCACCAGCCCCGGAAGCCUGCGGAAGCAGAGGAGCUCUCAGCAUGGCGGCUCCUCCACUUCCCUCGCGUCCACCAAAGUCUGCAGCUCAAUGGACGAGAACGACGGACCCGGAGAAGAAGUGUCGGAGGAAGGCUUCCAGAUUCCAGCCACAAUAACAGAACGAUAUAAAGUCGGAAGGACAAUAGGAGAUGGAAAUUUUGCUGUUGUCAAGGAAUGUGUAGAAAGGUCGACUGCUAGAGAGUAUGCCCUGAAAAUUAUCAAGAAAAGCAAGUGUCGAGGCAAAGAGCACAUGAUCCAGAACGAGGUGUCUAUCUUGAGAAGAGUGAAGCACCCCAAUAUUGUUCUUCUGAUCGAAGAGAUGGACGUGCCAACGGAGCUGUAUCUUGUCAUGGAAUUAGUAAAGGGAGGAGACCUCUUCGAUGCCAUCACCUCCACUAACAAAUACACUGAGCGAGAUGCCAGCGGGAUGCUGUACAACCUGGCCAGCGCCAUCAAAUACCUGCACAGCCUCAACAUCGUCCACCGUGACAUCAAACCAGAGAAUCUGCUGGUGUAUGAACACCAAGAUGGCAGCAAAUCGCUGAAGCUGGGUGACUUUGGACUGGCUACCAUUGUAGAUGGCCCCCUGUACACCGUGUGUGGUACCCCGACAUACGUAGCUCCCGAAAUCAUUGCAGAGACUGGAUAUGGCCUCAAGGUGGACAUCUGGGCGGCUGGUGUCAUUACUUACAUCCUGCUGUGUGGUUUCCCUCCAUUCCGUGGAAGUGGUGAUGACCAGGAGGUGCUUUUUGAUCAGAUUUUGAUGGGGCAAGUGGACUUCCCUUCUCCAUACUGGGAUAACGUUUCCGAUUCUGCAAAGGAGCUCAUCACUAUGAUGCUGCUGGUGGAUGUCGAUCAGCGAUUUUCGGCCGUGCAGGUCCUCGAACAUCCCUGGGUUAACGAUGACGGCCUCCCAGAAAAUGAACAUCAGCUGUCAGUAGCAGGAAAGAUAAAGAAGCAUUUCAACACAGGUCCCAAACCGAAUAGCACAGCAGCUGGAGUUUCUGUCAUAGCACUGGACCACGGGUUUACCAUCAAGAGAUCAGGGUCUUUGGACUACUACCAACAACCAGGAAUGUAUUGGAUAAGACCACCGCUCUUGAUAAGGAGAGGCAGGUUUUCCGACGAAGACGCAACCCGGAUGUGAGGAGCCGGUACAAGGCCCAGCCAGCUCCACCGGAACUCAACUCGGAGUCGGAAGACUACUCGCCGAGCUCCUCCGAGACUGUUCGCUCCCCAAACUCGCCCUUUUAAUAAGACCCUUUUACCCGAAGUCCUAGCUUAACCCUUUGAUACUCUGAGGUUUGUUACCCCCCCCCCCCAAAUUUAUGUCAAACAGUUUCAUCUGAUCUACCUAGCACUCAAUGCUUGAAUGGCCGAGCAGAACAGUGUGUUUUUCUGGUAUCCUUGUAGCGAUUUCCCUUUUGCUGAAUGAGACUGUGACAUGUUGUUGGUGAAGAUGACAACUUGCUGCUAAUUGGGUCCUCAAAGGGUUAAGGCUAUUUUGCGACUUUUAAAAUGUAGAAGCAAUGAAUGUUUUCAUCAGUGGAGCUAGGCUCUGCAGUAUGUAACAUAGCACGUGUUAACCCUCUGAGUGCAUGGGAUUUUAUGGAGAAUGCUUGAGGGAAUCUUUCAGGCCUCUGGAUUUAUAUGCACAUGUUUCUUGAUUUUGCUGCAGAUUAAGGGGUUAUUAGAUGCUGAGAUGUCCAGACAGGAAGAGCGUCUAGCAUGCUGUCUUGCUUGUCCUUUUUUUGUGGGUUCAGAACAUUGCAGGUUUAUAACUUAAGCAUCAGCAUCCCUUUCCUCUUCACAUCCUAUUAAGAAAGGGACUUUUUAAAAGAAAGAGGUCUCACUGCCUGCUGCGCUGAGUCCUACAUCCCACGUGGAGGGACCUGGAUCUAUGGCCAACAGCCUGACCCAGGAUAUAGAUGGUGGCCCCCCUCCCCCAAAUAACCUCCAUUUGAAGACGUGCUGAUGACGCCCCAGAAAUGCUGCUUCCACUUCAGCUGCUACUACUGCCAGUGCAGACCCUCAGGAAGUCACCAUAGCUUGCCCUGUACUUGGUGAGUCAGGGUCUGCCUGCUCAGUAUGAAACAUCUACAGGAAAAAAAUAAACAAACUGGUGGAAAAGAGCAAUAAAUUGCCAGGUGCUCUACAGGGCUGGAAUGUCAAACAGGCAGAGGCAACAAGACCCUGUUCUUUGUCUCAUCUGCUUUUUUCACACAGUUCAGUCUUCAGUGUGAGAUCCACACAGAGUAUGAAGUCCAUACACAGAAUAUGAAGCCCAUACACAGGAGGAGCGCCCGGGACUGGGCGCCCAGAGCCGAGUGCUUUGCAAGGUGGCCAAGGAGAAAGCAGAGUGGACCAGCAGUCUAGAAUAGUCUCAAAACGCUUUUUAAUGAAAUAAACCUUCGGUGAGAUGAUUCCAUGUGCACCUUUAGGAUACUUACAUAUAGUCUCAGGGAGAACAGGAUGGGAGACCUAGAGGGUAUCCCUGAGGGUAAAACUUCCGCUCCCUAGGAUGACUUUUAUAUAGCACUGUCUUUAGCUGUCCAGAGAGAGAUGCUAUUUUCUUUCUUUGGCCCAAGUCCUGUCCAACAGCUGUAUUUUACUCCUGUUUCCAAAUCUUUCUCCCUAGCCCUCUGUCUCCCCUAGAGUGUGUUACGCUUGGAAUGGGGGCCUGCAGCAGCCUGCCGUCACUGCUUAGGUGCAGGGAAGAGGCUGGCCGGGGUGUUUGGCAAGGCGGGGUUUGUCCCAACUCAGAUGUCCUCCUGAGGUUUGCUUCGCUCCCUGGCCCAGGAGACAACCACGAUGGCUCAUGAAAUUUGCAUCUAAAUGGCUGGACAGUACUCACGGUCUCCGCUCUGAGGUAUACUCCGACACCUGAAAGUCUUGAAAUGUGUGUGCAGCUCUUCCACAGUCAGUUCUUGACUUUGAGACACAGAUCGGUCUUCAGUGACCGCCUUUUACUCUUCAACUGAUAAACGUAUGGUCUCUAUUACUAUCAAUGUAAAAAUUACAGCAUGCCGUGACUGCACCAUGGUCCCCCCCAACUCCCGCAGCCCCCCGAGUUUUUGACUCUUCCACGUUUAGGUUUAUCUCUUCUGUGUUGUCUUGCCAUGUAAAUAUUAGGUCAUUUACUGAGAGCACCCCUCACCUUUUUUUUAAGAGAGUCCUGAAACCUAACACACAACGUCACAAAGUAGCACAAUCAGUUGGGUUUUCUGUCGAAGACGGGGAGGGCAGGACACCAGGAAGGUAUGGUGUGUAGGUAGAUUCCUUACAGUAAAGUACCCAAAACUGGUCAGAAAUUACUGCUUUCUCUAGAACUCUAAAGCAAAACACUAUUCAAAGUAAGACGAAGGAGCAGGUUCCUGGAUUGGCCUCAAUUAUAAAUGUGUGAAUAUGAAGAAAGCCUAUGCGUGGAGACCUACCUGCAGUAAGAUUGUGGUUUUCCUUGGGCCUCCCUGGCAGCCCAGUUGGUAAAGAAUCCGCCUGCAAUGCAGGAGACCCCAGUUCUAUUUCUGGGUCGGGAAGAUCCCCUGGAGAAGGAAUAGGCUACCUACCCCAGCAUUCUUGGGCUUCCCUUGUGGCUCAGCUGGGAAAGAACCCACCUGCAAUGCGGGAGACCUGGGUUUGAUCCCUGGCUUGGGAAGAUCCCCUGGAGAAGGGAAAGGCUACCCACUCCAGUAUUCUGUCCUGGAGAAUUCCAUGGACUGUAUAGUCCAUGGGGUCACAAAGAGUUGGACACGACUGAGCAACUUUCAAUUCACUUUCUUUCUCUGAAUUACUGCUUUUCCCGUGGGCAUUGUGUCUAUGAUGCCAGCAUCUAGCGUGCAUACCUUACAGCGCAUGGCUCAGGCCUUUCUCACCCAAGUCUUGAAGGACUGUGGACCGUGUCAAGCUGUGGCCUGUUUCCCAUAACACUGCAGAGGGGCCACUCGGAAGAAUGCAGAGCCAUUCAGCAUGGGGAUCCCAGCGCAUCGCUGCAGAAUUUGAGUGAUCUAUGCUGAAUAAAUAGUGGAAUGUGACCUGUCAAGUAGAAAUAUUGAGUAAUCAGAUGGAAUGCAAUCUUUUCAGCACUAAGCUAUCGAGAUCCUGAAUGUCAGAGAUGUACUCAGAGGGUUAACAGACAAGCACAAGGCAUGCUGAUUACGUGGGUGUACCCAGACUGCUUUUGCUUUUUAGCCAGUGCUAAUUUUUUUCACGACAUUCUUGGGAUAGUUCAAGUUUGAAAUAAUUAAGUGGUGGUGUUCUUUAAGGAAUUUCUAUAACCAAAUUGAUCUUAUUUUUUAUUUCACUUUAUUAGAGAAUAAAUAUGUACCAUUAUGGCAGUGUAUCUCUGUACUUAUCAAUUUAAUCAUUGCCACAAGUGUCCCCAUAUUUUUCUUUUCUACGUAUUUAAUAUAGCUUUUAUGGUGAUGGCCUGGUGAUGGGGACUGUCUUUCCUCUAUUGAUACAUGACCAACCAUAUGGUAUUUUCAAGGGGAAUUUUAAGAUUCAUUUUGUUUCAGUUUUGGUAGUAGACUAGUUAAGGAAAAACUCUUUCAUUACUUGCAUCAUGUAAACCAUCUCUGUAGAUGAGAACCGUUCAUAUUGAUGACACAUUUUUUUUUCCUCAGCACUGUAGCAGAAACCAUUUAUUCUCAUAAUCAAUGCAUAUGUGAUUUGCUCCAUAUCGUUAGAAGGAAAAGUAAGAUUUUGGUCAUUGAAAAUGUUUUUUCUGUAGCCCUCAUCUGAUUUUACACGUGGUGCAUACUAAAAUAAGCCAAGAAAAAAAAUGCAAAUAAACUACUGAAAAUGC